AUGACGCUGCCAACAGUGCGAAAACUUUUUAUUUUAUGCUUAUUCUGGUUUCUUGGAUGUUGCAGCUCCACAGAUGCCAGCCCUUACGAUCAGUGGGAAGACGACAUAGAGUUCAGAAAGGUGCGUGGCAUCCAGGCUGGUGAUCUGAAUGACGUCUUGUGGAGAGACCAGGAUGAGGAACAAGUUCAGAAUGUUUUCAAAAGAUUUCUGUUUCAUUACUCCAAAGCACUUGACUCUGUAGGAGCUGUACAGCACGAGUCUCACUCAGUUCACCCUCUGAUGCGACUUUCGCCAAAGCUUUCCCAGAGGAGAAAGGUUCUACUUUUGGUGAGAAAACUUAAGAUACAUAUCCACAUCUUUAACAGUGAGCUGUACACUUUGAGAAAAGUGAAGAGGUACAAUGUGAACUUUUAA